CUAUUACUUAUCAUCAUCUUUUUUAUUCUUUUAUUAUCUUUUUUUUUUGGUUCCUCUCGAAAAAAACGUUAUAUAGUGAAAAGAAAACUGAAAAGAGAAAGAAAAAAAAAACACUCAGCUCUCCGCACCACCAUGUGAAGGUUGGUGUAGUGGCAAGAAGAACUCUCUCUCUCUCUCUCUUUCCGAAUCUGACGAGCAUUUUCCUCAAUUCCCCAGAAUCCGAGGAACCCAGUUAUCCAAAACCAGAUUGCCUUUUCGAAAGUUUCAUCCAGAUUCGGCGGAGGAGCUCGUUUGAAAAAAUGAAAAAAUAGCCCAUCUCUCUCUUAGUGUACAAAACUAGAUACAGUGAGGUCUUUUUAAUGUCUUGUUAGGCCUUUUUAAUGUCUUUAAAGUAGAUUUUUUUUCUUGUUUGUGGUCUUGUGAAGAAAGAGAACUUUUCUUUUCCGGGCUUGAUGGGUAAAGAGAAUCAGUUGGAGACAGCAAACUGUGGAGUCAAUGAUCACGAUUCUCCACCCGUCAAGAAGGAGGAACUAGCAGCUGAGGCGCGUUACAGUACAGACACUGACUCUGGUUUGCCAACUUGUCGUGUAUGCCACUCUGUAGAAUCCGACAGAAGAGGAGACACCGCCUUGGGGGUUUUGGGGAUCACUCCUCCCAUUCCAGAAGCUCGUAAAAGCAAUGCAGAAUAUGUCAGCAAAGAUACAGAGGCUGAGCAGAAGAGUUCCAUCGUCAAGAGCAAUGGGGCAAACCCCAUUGAUAUCGAAAUGGGAAUCCAGCAGCAUCAGGAUGCAUUGCUUGAGCUUGGAUGUUCGUGCAAAAACGAGCUUGCCUUGGUACACUACGCUUGUGCGCUCAAAUGGUUUCUCAACCAUGGAUCUACCGUCUGCGAAAUCUGUGGGAAUGCUGCGGAAAAUAUAAAAACUGCAGAUUUCAACAAAGUGGUUGUCGCCUUGAGAGAAAGAACAGCUGAUGGAGGAGGAGAUGCAAACUCUGUAUUGCCGGUGAAUACAGAAUCAACUAUAGAUGCUGAUGAAGUUGCUGCAAUUCGAAGGCAACGACUUAGUGAGAUAUCGUCCUGGUUUGGUCCCCAUUCCCUGAACAACAACAGUAACUCUGCUGCAGCUUCUCAGGCUAUGCCAGAACAACCUUUAGAUGCUGUGAACUUUGGGGUCUUGCCUGCGGAAAACCGUGCAACUAAAUGGGCUGUGGAAGGUACUGGUAUUCUACUUGCUACCGGUUUACUCACUGUUACUUUGGUCUGGCUCAUUGCUCCUCGUGUUGGAAAGAAAACUGCUAGGAGCGGACUUCAUAUCCUUCUCGGUGGUCUAUGUGCUUUAACAAUAGUCAUCUUCUUCAGAUUCGUGGUGCUGACUAGAAUCAAGUAUGGUCCUGCACGCUACUGGGCAAUCUUAUUCAUCUUCUGGUUUCUUGUGUUUGGUAUCUGGGCUUCUCGUUCUUCUCACGGUGACUCUUGACCCAUCUUCACCAUCUCUCUUUCUCUCUUUUCUUUUCUUUUCUCUCUCACUGCUCUACGCUCUCUCUUGUAAUCUUAUUUUGGAGAAAAAAAUGUACAUUGUUUCAUCAAAGUAAAAUAAGCUCAUGCUCAUUGAUUA